AUGUUGCUGACCCAAACUUUGGUCCCAGAGGAUCCUCGACCCCAGUCCUUUCUUAAAGCUGACCCUAUUAACCCCGAACCCGUGGAGAUGCGCGCCGUGGAGGACGACGGCACGCUGCCGCAGUACUCGCAGGAGGAGCUGCGGCGGAUGACGUGCGACUGGCGCACCAAGCUGGGGGAAGGCGGCUUCGGCGCCGUCUACAAGGGCAUGCUGCUGCUGCCGCACGGGGGAGCGCGCGGGGGAGGGUACGGGGAAGGGGUCGGGGGAGGGUGGGACGAACGGGACCAUGAGGAAGAGGUGCGAGGGGGGAUGGGGCCCGGGAUCAAUGAUGAUUUGGAAGUGGUGCAAGUGGGUGGGAAGGAGUUUGUUCCGGUGGCGGUGAAGAUGUGCUUGACUGACAAUGCGGAGGGAGGGGCAAGAGAGCAGUUGCUGACGGAGGUCAUGAUGAUGACAGCGGUGCACCAUUGGCCUUUACCCUUCCUCUCCCCUCUUCCCCAUCCCCCAUCAGACGGAGGUCAUGAUGAUGACAGCGCGGUGCACCAUCCCAACAUUCUGCGCCUGCUGGGAGUGGCCGUGAUGGGGCAAACCCUUGCCAUGGUCUCUGAGUUCGUCCCGGGCGGAGAUGUUUCCCAGCGGUUGAAGAAAGGCACCUCGAAACCAGCCCCGCUCACCCCUCCCGCACACCCCUCCCGCUCGCCCCUCUCUGUCCAAGCAGCAAGGACUGAUACAGAGCCCUUCCCUUGGAAGGAGCGGUUGCGCAUCGCCAGGGGGAGUCUGGAGGGGCUGGCGGCCAUUCACAGGGAGGGAUUCAUCCACCGCGACUUCAAGUCCGCCAACGUGCUUCUAACGAAGACGCUCGUUCCCAAGGUGGCUGAUUUCGGAUUGGCCAAGGCAUGCCAGGACAAGACACAUGUCACGACAAGAGUGGCUGGGUCGUGGGGCUACAUGGACCCGGACUAUUUUGAGAGAGACGACUUCUUUGUCAGUUUAGAGAAUGGCUGGGUCGUGGGGCUACAUGCCAUGUAG